UCUUAUCAUCGUAGAUCCAAUAAACAAGAUCUAAUUUUGUGUAUAUAAAGUCGAAAAAAAAGUGCAGAGCAUCAGUUUUCGGAAUCAUCAGUAGAAGUACAGCAGUAUUCCGAAGAUGAAAUUCGCAUUAGCACUCUUAGCUCUCGUGGCUACGGUUUCCGCUGGGAAGAUCGAGCUCCCUAAUUUCGGUAGAGGCCAGCUUCAUAAUGACAUCCAAGAUUUCAUCGACCUGAUAGAUACGGAUAAAGUAAUCAACAUCUUUCUUCAAUACGUAGCUGAAGAUGCUGAAGUCAAGGACGCAAUUGCAUUCUUGGAAUCUGAUGAAUUCAAAGGGUUGGUAGUGAACGUCGAGCAUAUGUCUGAGGUUAAAACCUUGAUGGAUUACAUCCAUCAUGCCGGCAUUGACAUUUACCAAAUCGUAAACUUGUUAAACGAUUUUCUUAAACUCGGUCAUCUGACUCCGCCCGACUUUACUCAACGUGUACAUAAACAACUCACCGGUGGAGUCCGUGGACUCGUUGAUGACAUUCUGGCCGUUUUGCCCAAGGACGAGCUUAACGACUUAUACGAGAAGAAGCUGAAGAGCUCUCCAGAAUUCGCCAAGUUUGUCGACCAAUUGAAGUCCGAUAAUUUCCAACAAAUUGUCAAUAAGGUUUACGCUAAUCCCACAUUCCAAAAGCUCCUGAAACGUGCCGAUGAAGCUGGAAUUGAUCUUGAACUCAUCAAAAAUUUGCUGAAGGUUCUGUGGGGCAUUGAUGUUCCGCCCCGCCCCUCUCGUUUUCAUGUACGUAGAUUCUAGACGCCAGCGCAUUGUAUAAAAAACAAGAAUUUCCACAUACUACUAUAUAUAUAUAUCGAAUAACUUUCAAAAAGAUAUUGUAAUCUCGCAGAAAUUAUAAAUUCUUUGGUCAUGUAAUUUUACGCGUACUUUACUUAUAUGAAAUAAAAGCAGCUUUCUAUAUAUUCCUA